CUACAGUAACACAGUGUUCGCAAGCAGACUUCUCCAUUCUAUCCACACAACCGAAUCCGCCUCGCCAGGCUCCCACUGCUGCCUUCCUAUUGGCGACCGCUGACAGCCCCGGCUCUGUGAUUGGCUGCCAAGAACUCCUGUUUGAGUCAGAGCGAGCCUGGAAGUGCAGAGAGUAACGCUGAGGAGUAUUGACCUACUAACACAGAUCUGUAGAGGAGCAGCAGGCUGGAGCAGGGACACAUAGACACUGCACGGGAGGCGCUGCAUCCCAGGGCUCAAGCACUCUGUGUGUGUGUGUGUCUGUGUCUUUUAUUGUGUUUGUAUUGUUCCUUCAUUGAUACAAUGAACUCGGCUCAUUGAUACCCUGGCUGGACAGUGGAUAAGUGAAGUGUUUCAUUCAAACAUCACCAGCUGCAAGGAUACCUCCGCUCUGAAGCUUCCAAUGAAGGUAAUAGUAAUAGUUGGCAGUGCCAUCCUCAGUUCACUUUGUGCAGUGGAUUAGAACAUAACCAAGUCUAAUACUGAGAUGGCCACAAAUUCAUUACUUCAAGGUCUUGAAGAAAACAUUAAUAGCAGAUGGAUUUUCUUAUAAAUAAUAUCGUCAUCUGGUCUGAGGAAAACAGUGAAACUGCGGGAGGGUUCUAGUUACACAUGGUUCUCAUGCAGUUGAGAAAAAUGCCAACAAUUAAAAAAGAGGAUUGUGUCGAUAGCAGAAGUACCAUGGAAAAUGCCCUCAUUCUUAGUCCCAGUAUACUGGACAUGUCUGAAUCAAUGGAUUCCAGCAAUGAUAUGUUGUACAGUGAUGGGGGUAGUGUUAAGAACAAGUCGUCAUCCUGUCGGAGGAAACGGGAAUUUAUCCCAGAUGAAAAGAAAGACGCUAUGUACUGGGAAAAAAGAAGAAAAAACAAUGAAGCCGCAAAAAGGUCGCGUGAAAAACGGAGGCUGAAUGACAUGGUUUUGGAAAAUAAGUUAAUUGCAUUAGGAGAGGAAAAUGCCAACUUGAAAACCGAGCUACUUUCUUUAAAACUUAAAUUUGGUUUGAUAAGCUCUACCUUAUAUGCCCAAGAAAUCCAGAAGGUCACCAGCUCCACAGCUGUAUACUUUCAGGAGUAUGCACCUUCCAAAUCUGGUGCCAGGUCUUUUUCUGGUGACCACGAACAUUCGCUAAUAAACAGCAGUUGUAUUUCUGUCAUUAAGCACUCUCCACAAAGCUCUCUGUCAGAUGCAUCAGAAACAUCAUCAGGAGAGCAUGUUCAGUCGAACCCCAUCCAGAGCACUUGCAGAACUUCAGACCUGCAGUUUCAAAGGAUAAAACAGGAACCUGCUGACAAUUUUAAUAGAGAUCCACGGGAUGCAAGUUCUUCUUACACAACAUCUAUAUAUCAGAACUUCAUUGGAAACACCUUUCCUGUCUACUCACAUUCUCCACCGCUGCAUAUUAAUAGUUCAUCUAGUAAUUCCCCAAGAACAUCGGAAGCUGAUGAGUGUGUAGUAGGAAAGACCUCUGAUGCCGAAGAUGAACAGCAGGUUCCAAAAGGUCCCAUACAUUCCCCUGUUGAACUUAAAAAUGGUCACACCACAGUCAUAAAAGUUCCAGAGGUGAACUCCUCUGCCCUGCCUCACAAGCUGCGAAUUAAAGCCAAGGCUAUGCAGAUAAAAGUAGAAACACUGGAUAAUAACCAUAUUGCCACACAGAAACUGCCUUUGCCAAUUGACAUGUCAUCAAAAAGGCAUUUUCAGCUUGAAAAACACAGCACUGAAACCGUGGUACAUUCUGCUCUAUCACCAUUGUCUGUUCAAGUGACUAAUAUUCACGACUGGCCGAUUAAGCCAGGACAGUGGCUCCAUAAGGAACUUGACCAAAUUCCCACUGUUUGCAAAACGGUUGGGGUUGUUGAAAUAAAAGACAGUGUGUACAAAACUGCUGCAUCUGAGAGCUUGUAUCUAAAGCAAGGUAUUGCUAAUUUAUCUGCUGAGGUUGCCACACUUAAGAGACUCAUAGUUAACCAAGAAAUCUGUGCUUCAAAUUCCAGCUAAAUUACUACUGAAUGGAAUAAAAUGCUUCUUGUAAAGCGUGUAGUUUGCAGUAAAUUGGUAUGUUUUGUAUAAUGCAACAUUUUCACUGGACCUGUGACGUCAUUUCACUGUACUGUUCGUGUGAUGAUGUCUGAUGAAUAUUGUCUUUUUGUGCACAGUGAAUCUGAAGACUAAAUUGUGUUAUGAUCAUUAUGCCUUGUGUACAGUUAGGUAGUAAAUUUAAGGUUGUAAAUAUUUCAAAUAUUAUUUUUUGCUGGUCUGUUAUAAACUGUGCAAGUAAACAGUUGUAAUAAAGUAUUGGUUACAAA